CCUUUGGUACGUUAAAAUCCACAAUUAAAUAGUCCAGCAGAGCGCAAGGUUUAUUGUCUUAGGGUUUAUACCAUCUGCAAUUACAGAGAGCUUCAUAGACAUUCAAAUCAACGUAGUUUUUCAAACUUAAUCAUAGUACAUCAUUUCUUUAUUGGUUCAAUUCAACCUUUUGUUUGGAUUGUAGCUCAUGGCAUGUUCUCAAGGCCGUGAUUUCAUGUUCUGCAACUUCUGUGGAACAAUGCUAACGCUGGAACCAGCGUAUGCCGCAUGUCCUUUGUGCAAAUUUAAGAGAAACGCCAAAGAGGUUGUUGGCAAAGAAAUAUGUCAUACUGUCACUGCUGAGGAUAUUAGAAGAGAGUUGGGCAUAUCUCUGUUCGAUAAAGGGGAUAGUGGAGACAACAGUGUGCAAUGGUCGAAGGUCAAAAAGACUUGUGAAAAAUGUCAAAAUCCAGAGAUGCAUUAUUCAACUAGACAAACAAGAUCAGCCGAUGAAGGACAAACUACUCAUUAUCUUUGCCCUCGCUGUGGUUUUCAAUGUCAAGAGAGUUGAUGCUCAAAGUUAUGUUGGGGUUCUGCUAUAUCAUCUUUGCAAAGAAGGGUCCUUUGUGAGCCUGGAAAAAUCCUUUAUAUUGAAGGCCAAAACUGUGUACUUCUUUAACAGAAAUUUGUAAAAUCUAAAAAUUCAACUGUAUUGCGGACAACUCUUUGUGAUCUGAAAUCAUGAAUACAAAAGAGUAGUAUUAUUCCAAAA